UAUGUACAUUUAUUUCCAGAAAUUAAAUAAACCAAAUUUAUUUUUUAAAUAUGAGUCAACCAUCUUAGGCAUCACAGCAAAAAGCCAAUACUUCAACAAAUCAGAAAAAACCAAAGAAAUGAGACAGACUAAUAUUCAAGCUGCCAAAGGAAAUAUCCUAAUCUCUAUGUCAAGUUGUAUCGGAUGCAACAAGAACCAAUUUUGGACUGAUUGGAAUGGAUAAAAUGAUCUAAAUGCCAAACAUUAAGUACUCAUUACAAAUGAUGGAGCCACCAUACUCAAAUAGUUGGAUAUGGUACAACAAUGGUAAUCCAUUCAAUAUUACAAACCUAGUUGAAAUUUCUCAUGCUUAAGAUGUUGAGGCUGAAGAUGGUACCACUUCAAUUGUAGUAUUCCCUGGAACCUAAUUGAUGUCAAGUAAAAUAUUCUUAGAGAAGGGAAUACAGCCGACAACUAUUUCAGAGGGAUUUCAAUAUGCUUUAGAAAAUGCGUUUAGAAGCUUUGGAUGAAUUAAAAACCAGCUGAACUAGACAAUAAAAUAAUAGUUGUUUGAAUGUGU